AAAGAAACCAAGUCUGGAACACAAUGAUUGAUUUGAUUAAUCACUUCUUAUAAACUCACUUUUUUUUUCUUCUAGCGAGCUCUCUUUUAGAAAUCAAAUCAGAUAGAGAGAGAGAGAGAGAUCCAUGGAGGGUCUUCAAAGAUCAACCAUCUCGUUCCGUCGGCAAGGAUCUUCCGGUAUAGUCUUUGACGAUCGUCUCAUCGCGGAACUUAACAAAUCUGGCAGCGGCGGCGGCAGCAACGAGCAGAAAGACGAAAGUCAACGCGACGAACAACCCAAACCGUUGUCUGAAAGCUCGGACCAACAACAAAUCGUCAAACCUAUAACCGCUGCCGGAGAGGAGAAAGACAACAAGCUCAGACCUAUUAAAACCGGCGGAGGAGGUAUAGAGAGGAGUCGAUCUAACGGCGGAGGAGCUCAACGACAUCACAGAACAACCGGAAGAGUGUCUCCGGCUGUAGACCCUCCGUCUCCGAGGAUUUCGUCAUGCGGUUGUUGCUCUGCUUUUGGUAAGAAUCCGCCGGGGAAGAAGAAGGUUAACAACCCGAGGAAAAGGCCGCCUAAACGUAGAUCGAGGGAGAUAGAGGUAGGCGUCAGGAUUUAAUCAAACAACUCAAUCAUGAGAGAAACAAACAAAAGAAAAAAAAUACUACUAGUAUACACUUUUGUCUUUGAUCUUUCUUUUUUUUUUUUAAUUGAUUUUGUAUGUGCUCUGUUGUGUGUGCUCUCUGUUAUAAAAACCUUUAAUUUGAUUUUUCGAUUUGAUCAAACAGACUUUGGUGUAUUGUAUAAAUUAUAUAAUCUGUCUUUCUUUGUUUUCGUCGGACAAUUUCCA